AGACGGCCAAGACUUGUCCGAUGGAGACCUGGAAACCAUCACAAGUUCACUGACCCGUGCCCAGGCCGAGGCAGUUAAGAAGAGAAUCAACAUUGUGACCACUACCUUGAGGAGGAAAGAUAAGGGCAACAAGGUCCACGUUAGGGACAUCUUCUCUCAGCAGGAUGGACUACACCAGGUCUGACCUUAGAUUAUUCUUUACUUCACCAGGUCUGACCUUAGAUUAUUCUUUACUACACCAGGUCUGACCUUAGAUUAUUCUUUACUACACCAGGUCUGACCUUAGAUUAUUCGUUACUACACCAGGUUUUAGGUUUGGUUUUAGCAUUGGUUAGCGAAGUAUGCAAAUAGAAAUGGUUUACCACGUAUGCAAAUAGAAAUGGUUUACCACGUAUAGAAAUGGUUUACCAAGUACGCUAAUAGAAAUGGUUUACCAAGUAUGCAAAUAGAAAUGGUUUACCAAGUAUGCAAAUAGAAAUGGUUUACCAAGUAUAGAAAUGGUUUACCAAGUAUGCUAAUAGAAAUGGUUUACCAAGUAUGCAAAUAGAAAUUCUUUACCAAGUAUGCAAAUAGAAAUGGUUUACCAAGAAUAGAAAUGGUUUACCAAGUAUGCCAAUAUAAAUGGUUUACCAAGUAUGCAAAAUAGAAAUUGUUUACCAAGAAUAGAAAUGGUUACCAAGUAUGUAAAUAGAAAUGGUUUACCAAGUAUGCAAAGAGAAAUGAUUUACCAAGAAUAGAAAUGGUUUACCAAGUAUUCUAAUAGGUAUGGCUUACAAAUUUACCAAGAAUGCUAAUAGGAAUGGUUUACCAUGUAUGCAAUAUGAAUUUGUUUACCAUGUAUGCAAAUAGAAAUGGUUUACCAAGUAUGCUAAUGGAACAUGGACACCUUAACAUGUCAUAACCUGACCUACUUAUCUGUUCCCAGGACAGACCAGUCUAUGCUGAAACCUUACCACGGUCAUCACAGGGCAGGCACGCCACCAAGUCUCCAGAUCAGAGAUCGCCAGCAUUCCUUCACAAGGGAGGCUACUCUAUGUCAGGACACAGCAAUGAGAUAACGGACAUAGAAGCAGGCAUGGGGAAAAUUUACUGCAAUAUCAAUUUUUAUGUGGGUCAAAGGGAGAUAAACACAUGAAUAGGGAGAGUUAAGAAAUGUGUUGUACUAUUUUAAUCAAUUUACAUUAAUACACCUAUCAAUAAAAUAAUGAAUUAUUGUUUCUGAAGUGAGGUGGGGGUGGGUGGGUGUCGGAAGGACAUAUGUUAAUGACAUAACUUGAAAUGCAGUCACAAUAGUAUAAGCAUAAAAAUGUAGGGGAUACAAAUCAAUAUUAUCAUGACAAAAUAAGUCUUAAUACAUUAAAAAUAUAAAAAUCUUUUCACCCCAUUUAGCAUUUCUCUAACGGAAUAAUUUUAAAAAUGUAAUUAAAAUACCUUUAAUCGCUUAAAAAUUAAAAAUAUGAUUGUGUUUUGAAAUGAAUAUACUUUAUACAUGCACAGUUUUCUAGUAUUUGUUUUUUUACCUAAAAAUUACAAUUUUAGGGGUUUUACCUGCUUGUUGAUGUAAGAAGAUGUAGGGGCCUAUGUAUUUUUGUAAUAUAACCAAAGCUUGGUAUUUUUUUAAUAAUGGAUAGUAAUUAUUAGAAUGGGCUGCCAAAUAAAAACUUAACUUUGAACUGUUAGAAUUCGCUGAUAAUUUUUUUACAGCACCUCUUUCACAGACCUGUUUACCUUUACGAUUUUGGCGUAAAAUGUACGAUUUUGAGGUGUAUACACUAUAUAUGCUUAUGUUUAUUUUUUACUGAUUAAGAUAAUGUAUUGAACGAUUUUGUAAUGAUAUUGUACGAUUUUAAGAGUUUGGAGGUAAACAGGUCUGCUUUCACUUUAACCAACUAAUCCUCCACAUGAUCCCUCUCAGGUAUUGCCACCCUGGGAGUGCACCCUCGCACCAAGAGCAUCAACAGAUCUACAGACCAGUUUGCCAACUUGUCGCCAGUCUCUGAUAUGGAGAUCUCCUUGGACUUCAACCCAGAAGAAGUGGAAAAGGUAAGGGGAAAAUAUCCAUGUCUCUCUUUAGCUUGUCAGCAGCCUUCACAGUUAGGAAAACUUUGAUAAAACAAAUUUAAAAAAAUAAUUAUAAUGCCGGUAUAUAUUUUUUUAAUGAGCAAGAAUUAAAUAACUGAAACAAUUUUAAAUAAACUUAAAUUUGCAAUGAUAAUCGAUGGUGCUAUAUAUUCAUUAUGUUUACAAGAGGACAGGAGGUUACUGAAACCAUAACUUAAAAUAUGUUAAUGUUAAUUUUAAAAAAAAAUAGUUUAUAAGAUAAAUAUCCCAUUACAGUUCAUUGAGUUUUAUUAAUGAUUAAUUAUUCCUUUACAGUGUGAUUAACAAAAUUCAUUUGCUAUACUACAUCUUUUAUAUCUUACUAUUGCACUAGUUCUGUUAUUGCACUUGUUCUGUUAAUUGCAUUUUUUCUGGGGGUUUUUUAACCCUGUUUUUUUUAAAAACUGCACCAUAUAUUUUGUAUUGCCACAUCUAGUGCUCACAGUUAACAUAUUUUAAUGCUGAUGUUAAAUUUUGUUUCUGUUUGAUGCUAGUAAGUCUCCGCUCAUUUUUAGUUUUAACUAGAAAUCUGCAUUCAGUGGUCACCUUUUCUGUCCACACCCACUUCAAACAUUCAGUUGUCACCUUUUCUGUUCACACCCACGUCAAACAACCAAAACUGAGGAAUGUUAAAGCCGUAUUUAAAAAAACCACCAUAUUUGUCAAUCUCACAGUUGGAUAAUGUUGCGGCCAGCUAAUCAGAAUAUGUUUUCAAAUUUCCAUUAUCUUAGUGACUGACAAUUAAUUCUUUCAAUGACUGUUUUAGGGGGAAAAAAAAUAAAUAUAUAUAUAUAUAUAUUUCAGCACAUUUUUCAAUGUUUAGUAAAGUUUUAUUUCAGUUACAUUUCUGGAUUAGUCUUGGGAUCCCACAGUAAUACAAAAAAACAAAAAUAACUGCUUAAUCCUAAUGAUGAUAAUUCUAAAAUACAAGAAUGAUAAUUAAAAAAAGCUAUAAACUGGACAUUAAAUGAAAAUUGACUUUAAAGCAAUGCAUCGGAAGGACAUUGGUGUCACAUAAUGAAUGCUAGAACUAUUCAGUCAAGCCAAUUAAUUUGUGGUCUUUAGAAAGUUAACAUGACUAAUGUAGGUCUUGAUUACUUUUAUCAUGGAAAUUUUUUAUCAACAUUAAGAAAACAUCAAGAUUUUUUUAUCAACAUUAAGAAAACAUCAAGAUUUUUUUAUACCAAAAAUUAUUUUGUUAAUAUGAAAUUUUUUUUCAUUGUUGUUAGUCUCAAAUAAAAGUUUGGAACUAUUUAAAUGAUUCCAUCAAAUAAAACAUUAGAAAAGCAGUAUCUACAGGGUUUAAAGAUAAUAAUUGGCUGCAGUGUUCCAUAGUUUUGGUCUCAGAUUUCAUCUUCUCACUCUUUAGAAAAUUGUAGAUGAAGCUAACGAGACUUCAUAGCAUUUUGUUUUGUCAUAAAUCUGUUUAGUUAUAAUCUCAGCAUUUUGAUGGCUUCAUUUUUUUGUUAUCUCAUCAUAAUAUAUCAAAUAAAAAUUGUUACCGAAUUUGUACAUCUCAUUAUUAAACAUCAUCACAUUAGACAGAGCUCAGCAACCAUUGUGCCGCAGCACACCACUGUGCCAUGAAACAAUGCUAGAUCUGUCACGCAAUAUUCUUCAUAAAGGAAUUAGAGUACAGAGCAUUAUUUUUAUAAAUGCAGGAACAUGAUGAAACCCAUGAUAAUACUAAAGGAACAUUGGUUAGCCCAUUAACAUAUUGCUGUCAAGCCAUAACAAAAUGUGUCCAAUACAGACCGCUUACAUAAGAACAAUUGGGUUUAGUUUGUUGCCUUUCAACAUUACAGGUCAUAAUGAAAUUCAACUACAUUAUGUUAGUGAAUUUGUGCAUCUUUUUACUUUUGGUGUGCUGCAGAAGUUUUGUAAAGAUUGGCAAGAAAUUGCUGAGCUUUGACUAAAGACAUAACAAGUGUUAACAGUCAUUUCAUCUCACCAAUAAACAUCAUCAUUUAGCCAUAACAAAUGUUAUCAGUUGAUUCACUAAUAAAUAACAGCAUGCCUUCUUCACGAUUCAUUCACAAAUGGCCUUGCAUAUAAUUGCAUGGGGGCCCAGCAUGAGUGCUUUUCUUUUGUGGGGCGAGAGGGUGCCGAGCAUGAUAAGUAUCUGGGGGCUUUCACUUGCAUGUUUACUCAGUGCAGGAGUGUAUCCUGUUGUUCAGGGGAGGCACUAUGGUUAUAGUAUUACUGUUUCAUGUUCUUAAGUCAGGCAUCAGAGCCAAGAAGUCAUCGUGCUCAAGUUUUUUUUCGAAGUCUUCAAUAAAAUGUCAAAUUUGUUACUACAGUAGAAAUUUUUUUUUGUAAAAUGUAUCUAUCAAAUAUAAAUUUGAAUCCUCCAUCUCAAUCGGCAGUCUAUUAUUAACCAUGACAUAAAUGUAAUCCUUAUAAAUGUCACUAUUGGAGAAGUUGAAAAAAAAAUCCAUGACUAAUUUAAACAGUACGUACAUUUUUGUAUUCCUGCCUGAAGAGAUGCUGGUAAAGCCCAUACGUACCAUGAUUUUAUUGCACAUUAUUCUCACAUGUACGACUCUUAGUUUAUAUUAAAAUUAUUUGGCUGUUUUGUAAUAAUUUCAACUGGCGGCAUGCGGCAGCAAUGAUUGUGUGCAUGAGUGGGAUAAAUAGGGAAGGAAUGAACUCUGUAAUCACUGCUUACUUUGACUUGUGUGUGAAACUGACUAGAUAGAGCAUGUGCUUUGCCCUGAAUCAACUCUAUAUUCACACUUUAAUAAGGAUUUGCUCACCCCCAAACAUGUAUCCCUGUGUAUCUCCACUCUGUAGAAAGUUUUUUCUUCUAAAGUGAUCUUAACACUAAUUUUUCUCCAGUAUUUUAUUGUAACAUUUUUUUUAAUAGAAAAAUUAAAAAAAAAACUUUUUUCUUUCUUUUGCUCUAUUUUUUUUUUUUUAUAACUUUGACUUUAACAUUUAAGGAUAGCUAGUUCCUCACUGUUUUGAAAAAAAUAAUGCUUACUAUUUUAAUAAAAUUAAAGCUCAAGGCUUAUUUUUUUUUUUUCUAAAGUUAUUUUAACACUAAUUUUUCUCCAUUAUUUUAUUGUAACAUUUUUUUUAAUAGAAAAAUUAAAAAAAAAACUUUUUUCUUUCUUUUGCUCUAUUUUUUUUUUUUUAUAACUUUGACUUUAACAUUUAAGGAUAGCUAGUUCCUCACUGUUUAGAAAAAAAUAAUGCUUACUAUUUUAAUAAAAUUAAAGCUCAAGGCUUAUUGUUAUUUUAAUUUUAUUUGCAGCUUCAAAACAUUUUUCAAAAAAUCAUUCCAAAUUUGCUCAAUUAAUUUAAAUUAUCAAUAAAAACAAAAUCAAUUAUUAGAGUUAAAAAAAUUGAGUCUUUCUAAGGCUAAUUUGAUAAAUGCCCCCGUAUGCCUCCCCAGCCCUCCCUUCCUGUUUCAACUCUCCCUGAUCCACACAGGAUAGACCUUCCUGUAAGUAUGAUGGAGAGCUGUCUGGCUUGAACAGCUUGAAUGAGUAGACAGUCAGUUAUGGAUGUCUGGAAGAGUUGGGCUAAAUCUAAGAGUUGUCUGCCUUGAACAGUUUGAAUGAAUGGAAAGUUGUCUGCCUUGAACAGUUUGAAUGAAUGAAGAGUUGUCUAAAUGAAAUGGUUUUAAUUAAGAUGGCAUAAAGCAGUGGUUCUCAAGUUGUGGGUCCCGAUCCCUUUGGGGGUUGAACAACCCUUACACAAUGGUCGCCUAAGACCAUCAGAAAACACAUAUUUAUAAAGUAGCAAGGAAAAUAAUUUUAUGGUUGGGGGUCACCACAACAUGAGGAACUGUAAUUAAAGGGUCAUGGCAUUAGGAAGGUUGAGAACCACUGACAUAAAGUGUCUCAUGAGAGGCAAAGUUUUUCUCAAAUACAAAAGGAUCUAAGCAGUGUUAGAUAUUUAGAUAGAAUUUGUGUUGUCAUCUAAGCCAGGGGUCUCCAAACUACAGCCCGCGGGCCAGAUGCAUCCUGUGAGGCUCACUCAUCCGGCCCGUGGAGACCUUUGUCCAAUGAUAAUCUCAGGUCACUGUUGAUGUUAGGUACAUGUCUGCUAUUUUGGAAUCCAUGAAACAAUUUCACCAUCACACUAAUACGGGUGUUCAUGUGUAGUGUAUCCAUAUGCUAUUAAAUAAUAACAGAAUAAAAUAAUAUUCAAUAACUCAGUCGGCCCCCGAACUGUUGUUUGAUAGGUAAUGAAACCCUCGGACUGAAAAGUUUGGAGACCCCUAAUCUAAGCCAAUGAAUUAGAUGGAUGUCUAGUGCUUCUAGAAAUGUUAAGAUUAGAAAAUGUGCUUUGUUUAUUUGCAUCAGGGGUUCUUAAAGAACUUUAAAAUUUAAUUUUUGAUUAAUCAUUGGAUAUAUUCAAUCAUAUAAUUAAAUAAAUUUUAUAAAAUUAUUUUAAGAAUCUAAUUUUUGUUAGAAUAUUGAUUAAUAAACAUGAGAACCCCUGAACUAGAUUUAACUGUGCAGUAGAUACGCAUACAACCCAGGUCAACCUAGAGGACUGACACAAUAUCUCCAGACCUCUUGUUGUUGAUGGUCAGCACUGGGUCUACAACUGAAUGAUGUUAGUCAUACAGUGAUUUCACAGAGUCCAUCUCCUGAUACCACACUUCAGCUUGUACUCAAGGACACUUUUCACUAUGUUUUCAAUGUCUCAUUAUAUAUAAAAUUUAUUGUAACUAUUGUGAUGCAAUUAUAUGCUCAAACCAUAUGAAAAAUUGUCACAUUAUGUACACAGACAGUUUGAUUAGUUGUGAUGCCAUGUAUACCGACCAUUUUAAUAGUUGUGAUGCCAUGUAUACUGACCAUUUGAAUAGUUGUGAUGCCAUGUACACCAGCUAUUUGAAUAGUUGUGAUGCCAUGUACACCAGCUGUUUGAAUAGUUGUGAUGCCAUGUACACCAGCUGUUUGAAUAGUUGUGAUGCCAUGUACACCAGCUGUUUGAAUAGUAGCAAUGACAUGUACACCGACUGGUAAAACAGUUGUGAUGCCAUGUACACAAAUGUGACUCAUUGUGAUGCUAUGUACACAGACCACAUAAGAUUUUUCAACUCGUUCUAUUCCCAAACAUUAUCCAGUUUUGUAUCCACGUCCUUAAAAGAUAUCUUAUUCUGCCUUCAUAUCUGAACACAUUUGUAAACCUUCUGAACACAAUUAUUGUAAACCUUGUUCCACAAAACAUGCGGAAAAAAAUGAUAUAUUUCUUCAUUAAUCUUGAAAUUGUUUUUUAAAAAAUGAACAUAGUUGCGACCUGAUAGUGUAGCUAUAAUGUUUUAGAGAUUAUAUUUAUAAAUGUGCCGGCUUCUUGCAGGCAUUUGAACCCAAGGCUGACCCCCUGGGGGUCACACUGAUAGGCGACCUGGCCGACUGUGAUAUGGAGAAAAUCAGAUCUUUGGCUCACAUAGAGCUUACAGCUCUCUUUGAUGAGUACGGUAUUGUACACAAGCAGCCCAAACGCAAGAGAAAACUCAAAGGUUGGUCAAACGUCUCGUCGUCACUUUGACAGUUAUCCAUGUUUCUGUAACGAGGCUGUUGUAGAUAUUUCAGUUUCACUCCCAGCAGUGGAGUGUUUAGGGUGUGUCCAGACACAAAGCCGUCUCUCAGCUGUUCAGAAAUAUUCAAGGAAAAUUAAUACACAAUUGCUUGAAUAUAUCCCAGCCCGAGGAAUCGAAAUAUUGAAAAAUUAAAGAUUAGGGGAGGAAAUCCACUUUAAAAAACAGACUUACUUCUUGUAAGCUGUGACAUACCUUAGCUUCUUAUACUGUAAUGAGCAAGUCAUAUACAAUACAUUGGUGAACUAAUUGAUGGAGAUGAUCUGUUCAACAUUAUGCAGGGUGGGCAAUCCUUACAAAAACAGAUGGAAUCAAAUCCCCCUUUUUUUCAUGUCAAUAUUAAGUGCCAUAUUUUCAUGUGUUGUAUUUCAGAGCAAGGUAUAUUUGGUGUCCCUCUAAAUCUUCUGGUUGAACAAGACCAGAAACGGACACCUGGAGUCAAAGUCCCAAUAGUUUACCAAGCGGUCAGUUGCUAGAUUUAACUAGAUAAAAAAUAGUAAAAAUAUUUUCAUAAUUGAUUUGACAACAUUGAAAAAGAUACUCUGUGAUAAAUUGAAAAUAAAAUACAGAAACACCUGGUUACUUUUACACCAGUACUUUUUUUUUUACUACGGAUUAACUGGGUUCAGUUUUUUUAAAGCGGGUCCAGGUAUCUUAAGAAUAUAUCCGGUGGGUCCAGGUGUUACAAAAAAAGAGUUAACUUCUCAUUUUCUAUAAUAUAUGCUGUACAAAAGACCCACAGACAGUCCUACAUCCUACCUGCCAGUCUUUAUACAAUAGGCCUACAGACAGACUUACACCCUGCCUUUUGGGCUUUAAACAGUAGUCCUACAGACAGUCUUACAUCAUAACCAUGGCUCUUUAUUUUGAUUAAUGUAAUAGUUGUCUCCCCCUAAAGAAAAAAAUUGAACUGGCAGCCCAGGAAGUAACGAAAUAUUCUUUAUUAUUUUCUUAAUAGCUUCCCCCCCCCCCCUGUUCUAUCAUCUUUUGGCCUGCACAAGUUUUUUAUAAAGUAUUACAGCCCGCCUUACAUUUUGAGUUGUGCAGGCCUGGUUUACCUGAGUCCAUCCGUCUUACAUGACGCCCUGCUGCGUGACAGCCUUUUUUUUUCCCCUCAGUAUUAUUGAUAUAAAACAUGUGGAGUUGGCGGAAGUGCAGUUUUGAAGAGGAACCAGGACACACCAGAAGCAACAAUAAUUAUUUUAUAUUUUUACCUAAUGGUUUCUAAGAUUUUUUAUUUUUUAGUUGAAUUAUGUUGCUAUAGAAAUAUUUCUUCUUGAUGGUAACAUUUAAAAGAUUAUUUUAAAGUAAUGUCAAAACCAAUAGAUGAAAUAUUGGUUACCUGUACCAAUGAUAAUAUUGCAUACCUGUACCAAUGAUAAUAUUGGUUACCUGUAACAAUUCUAAUAUUUGUUUCCUAUAAUAAUAUUACUUACCUGUACAAAUGAUAAUAUUGGUUCCCUGACCAAUGAUAUUGAUUACCUGUACCAACAGAUGGUCAAUUACCUGGAGAAGGAAGGCUUGUAUUCGGAAGGUAUUUUAAGGGUGUCGGGUACAGAGACCAGGGCAAAGGUAGGAAGAGAUUUUUUUCUAAACUGUCCCCCGAUAUUUGUAUUAUAAUUAUAGUUGUAUAAAAAUUGAUAUUUAUAUAACACUUGUGUCAAAGUAACGCAAAUAUUGCUAUCAAACUUUUAAAUAUUUUAUUGAAAUCAAAUUAGUUGACAGAUGCAAGCUUGGCUAUAUUAGACGUGAUAAAAUUUCAUAUUGAAGCUUCAUGUCAAUAGGCCUGCUUAGAUAUUACGCCAACUGUUAAUUUUAAACUCAAAUGGUUGCUUCGAGGCAAGUUUACCUGGCCAUUUACAUUUCUUCAUGAAAAGUUUUUAAAUUGUAUGACUUGUAUAAUCUUAAGUUGAUACUGAUACAUUACCCUCCUUCCCAUGAACAGCAACUCCGGCAGGACUUGGAGGAAAAAUUCUACCAAGGGCUUUUUUCUUGGGGUGACGCUGGCGUCAAUGAUGUGGCUGUUGUGUUUAAACAAUUUUUGCGUGAACUUCCGAUCCCUCUCUUGUCUUAUGAAUACCACGAUGCAUUUCCACAGAUAAGCAGUAAGUUUUGUUGCUGUGACAUCUCUUUGACUAAUUUAUUCUGUCAUAACUUGCAGACUUGUCAGUUGUGAAGGUAUUUACAAGUUGAAUUGUUGCAAAGAAUUGAUAAGUAGACCUUAGGCCAUUCACUGGACAUUAGUUUGACUCAACAUAUGGAUCAAAACCUUCAAAUAAAAGAUGUUUAACUAGAUUUCUGAAAAUUUUGAAUCACACAUCUGAAUUCCUUGGACUUGUCAUCUAAAGAUGUUUCAUCAGACAGUUGAAGACGUUCAGUUUAUGUGUAAACUAUACCAGCUGUUACGAACCCGGUUCUCCCGAAGGUUCGAUGGCUUUGCACUGUCUUGGGGUUUAAUUUAUUCAGUUCACAAACUAUAUAUUCUUACAAUAAAAUACCUCUAUUACACAACUAAGCUACAUCUUGAAAUGCCAUUACACACAAGACAAAAAACACUGCACAAUUAUAAUAAAAUAACAAAAUAUCAAACAUUUAAUAACAACAUCUACCCAAAUACUGUCCAAACAACACGCAAUCACAGUAUACAUUCAAGUCCUUAACACUAGCAAGCCUCUAAAAUGCCUCUGCAAACCUUCAUAUUACAACCAUAUAAAAGUGUGACAGUUGCCCUAACAUCUCUUCCCUCAGAUAUUCCUAAAGUCUUGGAGCAGCUGAAAGCUUUGAAUUUGUUGAUAAUUUUGUUGACUGAUGAACACAGAAAUACACUCAAGGUUUGUCUUCUGUCACUUUCAUGUUUCCUCUCUGUCGUUAAAUGUGAACACACCCCCCCCCCACCCCCCACCCUGGCCAAACCUCCAAUGUAUGCUUCAUUCCCACUGUUUUUGAAUCAUUAUUUUCUAUCAGUUAAGAUGAAAAGUGGGGAAUUCGUUUCUACACAUCCUAUACUGUUGUUAAAACCAGCUCUGUUUAAAUAGAAAUAAUGCCAUCAAACUGUUUGGCUUUUGAAAUGUCACUCAAAAUAUUUUGACAUAAUUGGUUAAUCAAAUGUCCUCCUAAUUUUGUUAGCUUGAAAGCCCCAUCAAGACGAACUUGUGUAACAUGUUUAAGCUCUGUAACAUUAUGUGUAAAAGAGGUAAAAGAUUUAUAAAUAAAAGCAUGUAGUGAGACACAUUGCCGUCAUGAAGAUCUGCAACUGAAAGCAUAUCAAACAUAGAUUACACAGACUCAUCAAGAAAGCUAGGAACACAACACAAACUAAACAUCCUUCACUUGUAGAACUAGUUGAAGAAAAAUGUUAUUGUAAAACUAAACAAAUUUUGGCUGACGCAUUCCACCCUCUUCAUCACAUAUACUUUUAAGAUGGGCCCGUUCGGGAUGAAUUCUUUCUCUUAAGGCGAGGACUGAAGGAUAUAAAAAAAUUGUUGUUCCCCAAUCUGUAUAAAUUGACCAGCGUGCUCCCCCAGAGGUCACAAAAUCUAAAUGAUCACAAGUCCCUUAUUAAGACUAAGGGAGUCCAAUGAAUGGCUGUUUCUUUAUGCUAGAGGAAUAAUUGAAUUCAGAUGUCUUGUGUUUAAAUUUUUUUCGUUGGAAAAUGUUGACUUUAAUAAAUUAUAUAAUUAUUUAUGCACUGAAAAUGUAUAUGUACAAUGCAAUCAAUCCAUUUAUUUUGGAUCAAUAAAAGAAUCUUAUCUUAUCUUAUCUUAUAAUAACAUUGAAAGAGAAGCAUUGGUGAAGUAAAAAAAAAAAUGUAACAAAUCAGUUUUUAUUCGUGAAACAGGUUCUUCUACGAUUCCUACGUAACAUUGUUGCCCACAGCAAUCGUAAUAAAAUGGGCCUCAACAACGUGGCCAUGAUCAUGGCCCCAAACCUGUUCCUUGCUCCGUCCAGGAACAACAAGGAGAAGCCCGACCUGGAGGUGGAGUUGAAGAAGGCAGCAGGAACGUCAAACAUAGUCAAAAUGUUGGUGCAUUAUCAGGAUGUACUCUGGACUGUAAGUCAGUGGGGAUCUAUCAUUGCAUGGGGGAUACCAAAAUAUUUUUGUUUAGUAGAUAUAAUUUACAAAAUUGGCUCCUCAUUUAGAAAAAGUUUGCCAAGCCCUUGGGAUAGGCUGUCAGAGGCAUUGGGUAAACUGUCAACAGCAUAGGGUGGAAUGUCACUGGGAUUGUUUGGACUGGCAUGGGGGACUGUCUUUGGCAUUCCCUAGGGGCUUUGAGCUAACUAUGUCCAUUAUUUUAGCUGAAUCGCUUCUUUUGUCUCCCUUCCUCAACUGAUAAAUCUUUGGCAUUCCCUAGGGGCUUUGAGCUAACUAUGUCCAUUAUUUUAGCUGAAUCUGCUUCUUUUGUCUCCCUUCCUCAACUGAUCAAUGGGUAUUUCAAGCUUUUAUUUACAUUACAAAGAAAAAUUCUAAGAAACAUCAAUGAAAAAGAUAUAUUUCCCAAGUGUUUCUUACAUGGUCCUUUACCAUACAGUUUAGUGCGCAUAACUCAAUUUUAUUAUAAAAACUCAUUAACCUUACAACUAUACUGAAAGUAUUUCAUUGACAUAACUUUUAAUAUAUGUAACUGUGUAGAGUUGAUAAAAAAAUAGAAGUCACAUUUUUGCUUGCUGGUCAUUGUAUUUCAGAUACCAUCUGCAUUUAUUUAAUGACUAAUGACCUUUUAUUUCAGAUACCAUCUGCAUUUAUUGCACAAAUCAGACAUCUCUACACAACAGAAGCUCACAGGAAAUCCAGAGAUGGCUUGGUAAGUCAUUGCUGAUAAAGUUUAGCCAAAAAAAAGUGGCUUGGUAAGUCAUUGCUGAUUAAAUUUUAGGCACAAAGAAGUGGCUUGGUAAGUCAUUGCUGAUUAAAUUUUAGGCACAAAGAAGUGGCUUGGUAAGUCAUUGCUGAUUAAAUUUUAGGCACAAAGAAGUGGCUUGGUAAGUCAUUGCUGAUUAAAUUUUAGGCACAAAGAAGUGGCUUGGUAAGUCAUUGCUGAUUAAAUGUUAGGCACAAAGAAGUGGCUUGGUAAGUCAUUGCUGAUUAAGUGUUAGGCACAAAGAAGUGGCUUGGUAACCUUGACUUGCUAGAGAUCAACCCUACAGAUACAACGUGGUCAGUCUAUCAGCCAUAAAUAAAGAAACGGAAUGACAAAUUCUUUAUCCUCUGAUCCCACACUACAUAUCCAUAAGACAAUAUUUGAUUUUUUACAGCACCUUGUCAGGAAGCAUCAGCCGAUCAUCCAUUCACAUGCAGUCAUUUCCUGUCUAGCCCAUAAACUUUGCAGUUUAAUUUCAUAUAACUUUCUUUGUCUUGGGAUUAGAUAUCACCCAUGCAGUUGCAGAGGAUUAAUGGGUUCAUCGACAUUGGCUUUCUAGGGUGUCUAGUUGAUAGCUGACUAUUUGAUAAUAAUAGAGUAUAAUUUGUGAUAUUUUUUAUUAAAGUUAACACUAUCAUUGGUAUCUUCCUUUAGUUAUCCAAGCUAUCAAGAAAGAAAGACAAGUCGGAGCUGUAUAAGAAACCUCCGCUGAGUCCUGACCAGGUACAGAGUAACUUAACCAGCAACGGUUGUUCCAAGUGAAUGACUAACUUUAUCUUUUAUCUCUGCUUCUGCCGCAGAGUCGUCACAGAUUUACUUUAUCAUGGACCUUUAACUGAUUAACUACCAGAUUGAAAAACCCGCUGUGGCCGAAUUAAAUCUAGGUCAUAUUUUUUCAAUUCAGGUGUAUGUACAAAUUCAGCUGCAGUUUUCUUGAUUAUAAACAUAUUCCAAUGAGUAUUAAACCAUUGUGUAGGCAAUUGGAUUGUCUAUAAGAUAAACUUAAAACAUUUGUAAAGUUAAGUUUUGUUAGGAAAUUAUUAAUCCUUAAAUUAGUAUUUACAACAGAAAACAAUUUUUUUUAAAAUAUAUAAAUCUGCCAACUUAGGUAUAAAUUUUAAAUUUCCAAAUCAUUUAAAGUGUUUUAUUUGGUGGUUCCAAAUAUUAUAUCCAAUAAGAAGAAAAAUGCACCAAAGAACACAGAAACUGCAUAAUAUUUACACUUCCAAAUACUUAUGUUUUUAGCAACCAUGUCACUUGUGCCACGGUAAACAAGUAGUACAACUUUGUAACUAGCUUAGAAAAUAAAUCAAAAUUAAUGAACAGCUCUACUAUGGUCGUUUUUUAAAACCUUUUGGCCAAUAGCAAGCAGUUCGGAAAAAACAUCCUGUCUGUAAAUUAAAAUCUCCUAGCACAACGGGAAUGGUUCAUUAUAAAUAUUGGACUCAAUUUACUAUGAUAAAAACAUUGGCGCUACUAGCGGCUUGUGGCCAUAAUGAAAGAAACGCCGGGCCGCUCCCAGUGUAAUUAACCAGUUAAAUUGUAUAGUUUGGAUAUUGAUAGGUCUGCUCAUCUUUGAUUAGGAAGAUAGUAAAUGAUCCAUGACAUCCAUAGCCUGGCAUCUAAAAGUAGUUAAAGAUUAGUACACAACCAAUCAAACUUAAGCAUUCCUAAUUGUAUUUCAAGGGAAAAAAUAAUAUGGUUAUUUAAAAGGCCAUGCUAAAUUGAUGGUUCCAUUCCACAAAUGGUUAACUUUAUGAACCAACUCAUCUUUAGCCCUGUAACUUUUAUAAUUUUCUGUGGUGUCACAAAAAAUGCAAAUAAUUUAAUGUAUAUUUGUUAAGGAGAAAUUACUCUAUAUAUAUUAGUUUGCUUCCUAUUUCCUUUACUAUCUGUGCAUUAACAUGCUGUUAUCAGGGAUUUUUGUGUGUGAUUAAAUGGGUGUGAAGUUUACCACCAUAAUAUCUGUUGCCAGAAAGAAUCCCCUUCUAAAAUCAACACAGACUUUCUUUAUUGAAAUUAUUUAAAAUGGAUUAAAAUGAAAUCAAUGAUUUCAGAGAUAUUCCACGUGCUAGUUAUGACAGUAUUGACUCUAGCUGUGAAGGCGACAUAAGAGUCUGAUGCUGACAAUUUAACCCUAUGCUUAGUCUUAUUACAAACAAAUUUGUUUGGGAAAGGGUGGAAAUCAAACAGAAAAUGACAAAGAUUUGAUCCCAAAGACCCACCCUAAAGACAUUUAUUUUUGGGUAUGUUCUAGAUGUAUUAAUAUUUAAUUAAUAAAAAAUGAAUGUAAUAAAUUUAGGUGAAAAGGAAUUUUUGAAUCUAUUUAGUGCCCCUUGUAUUUUUUAUGACAGAAAUUUGAAGGUAGUGAAUGAAAAAAUUCAUCAAUAUCACAAUUUUCAAUAUAAGUAACUAUAACUUGACAUUUUCUGAAAGAAUAUUGCUUUUAGUAUUGCAGAAACUUGAUUUUAUGAUAGUUUAAACAAUUUAUGGAGGAUUUAAGGUGGGUUUCAUUAAUAAGUUCAGUACUAAAUUUUCACUCACACUGUAAAGGUCAAGGUCAUUAACAAGAUACAUAAUAUCAAAACAAAUUGUUUUCGUACCAUAAGAUAUCUUGUCCAAUGUACUUUCAGAAACUGCAUACUUUGUCAUUUUUUGACCAGCAUAUAUACUUUGUCAUUUUUUGACAAGCAUAUGAAAAUGCCAAAAAUGGCUUGAUGCUACAGAAAUAUGUUCUUGACAGUUAUAAGGUUAAUAACAGAGUGACAUUGCUUUCAUCAAGCAGAGAUAUUUUUAGUUACUAUAGCUGAUAAAUGUUAAAAUCCGAUAUCCCAGUAGCAGACAAUCUGAAUGUUUCUGUUGCAUCAUUCACAGCCUGAGACUCAAGAUGGUGUGAUCAGGGUUGUUGCCCCUCAUUUAACCAAAAGUUCAGCACUCAUCCAACUGGACCAGUUUACAACAGCGGCAGACGUCGUUGCCAAAUUUAAAUGUGGAGAUGGCAUUUUGUCUAGAGAAAACAGGUGAUUAGUUUCUUUUGGUUGUUAAUUUUUCUUCAUUAUAAUUUUUUUUUAAGCUAAAUAUUAGGGCUUUUAAAUUGUUUUUUAAAGUGGUGAUUUCAUUCAUAGUUCUGGCUGUACAACUCUGUUCAUCCACCAUUGGUUGUGCACAACUGUCCACCCUUCAUUUGUUGUGAACCGCUGUCCACCCUUCAUUGGUUGCUUACCACUGUCCACCCACCAUUGGUUGUGCACAACUGUCCACCCUUCAUUUGUUAUGCACCCCUUCCACCCUUCAUUUGUUGUGCACGGCUGUCCAUCCUUCAUUGGUUGCACACCACUGUCCACCCACCAUUGGUUGUGCACAACUGUCCACGCUUCAUUUGCUGUGCACCGCUGUCCACCCUUCAUUGGUUGCACACAGCUGUCCACCCACCAUUGGUUGUGCACAACUGUUCACCCUUCACUGGUUGCGCUCCACUCUCCACCCACUAUUGGUUGUGCACAACUGUCCACCCUUCAUUUGUUGUGCACCACUUUCCACCCACCGUUUGUUGCGCACCACUGUCAACCUACCAUUAGUUGUGCACCACUGUCCACCUACCAUUGGUUGUGCAUAUGUCCACCCACCAUUGGUUGUGCCCAACUGUCCACCCUUCACUGGUUGCGCUCCACUCUCGACCCACUAUUGGUUGUGCACAACUGUCCACCCUUCAUUUGUUGUGCACCAUUUUCCACCCACCAUUUGUUGCGCUCCACUGUGCAUCCACCAUUAGUUGUGCACCACUGUCCACCCACCAUUGGUUGUGGAUAUGUCCACCCACCAUUGGUUGUGCACCACUUUCCACCCACCAUUUGUUGCGCACCACUGUCCACCCACCAUUGGUUGUGCACAUGUCCACCUAUCAUUGAUUGUACACUGCUAUCCACCCACCAUAGGCAUAUAUCAAUAUUCAAAGGUAUCAAUAAAAUAGUAUCAAGUCUAUCAUAAAUCAUAGAGUUAUUGUCUAAUGAAAUAGAAAUGGAAACCUGCAAUUAUCAGAUAUUGGCUGUUAGAUCAUUAUUUAAUAGAUUUUGACUGGUAGACUGCAGAUCAUUAAUUAAUAGCAGAUCUUGACUUGUAGACUGCAGAUCAUUCAUUAAUAGAUCUUGACUGGUAGAAUGUAGAUCAUUAAUUAAUAGAUCUUGGCUGGCAGACUGCAUAUCAUUAAUUAAUAGAUCUUGACUGCUAGACUGCAGAUCAUUCAUUAAUAGAUUUUGACUGAUAGACUGUAGAUCAUUAAUUAAUAGCUCUUGACUGGCAGACUGCAUAUCAUUAAUCAAUAGAUCUUGACUGCUAGACUGCAGAUCAUUAAUUAAUAGAUCUUGAAUGGUAGACUGCAGAUCAUUAAUUAAUAGAUCUUGACUGGUAGACUGCAGAUCAUUAAUUAAUAGCAGAUCUUGACUUGUAGACUGCAGAUCAUUCAUUAAUAGAUCUUGACUGGUAGAAUGUAGAUCAUUAAUUAAUAGAUCCAAAAAAGCCCUGUAAUUUCAAAAAAAACCUUUCUUCUUUCUUAUACACAGCACUAUUGGCGUCCCAGAGGAAACACAUGGCCACACGUAUAGAAAUCCGAACAAUGCUCAGUACGCUCUCG